GUUGAAUAUACAGAUAUAAUCCUUCCGUUACCCGUGACCGAGAACUGAAAAAGCACCUAUAAUCCUUCUGUUUCCCCCUUCAAUUUCAGUAAUUUUCUCUCAAAGUUUCUCUCUUUGGCUUUCUGGGUGUUGCAUAAACGAGCUUAAUUGUGAUGGGCGAUGUUGUGGGGGGUUUCCAUCCCACCGAUGAAGAGCUUAUCAAUUACUACCUGCGCUUGAAGAUCAACGGAAAUGACGAUGAUGUUUGGAUUAUCCGUGAAAUUGAUAUCUGCAAAUGGGAACCUUGGGAUUUGCCUGAUUUGUCAGUGAUACGAAACAAGGAUCCAGAGUGGUUCUUCUUCUGUCGGCUGGAUCGGAAGUAUUCAAAGGGGCACCAGUUUUACCGAGUUACGGAUAGUGGGUAUUGGAAGGCAACAGGGAAGAAUCGCGUGAUUAAGUCCGGCUGCACCUUGAUUGGAAUGAAGAAGACUCUGGUUUUCUAUGUUGGUCGUGCUUCCAGGGGGACGAGGACCAAUUGGGUUAUGCAUGAGUACUGGCCUACCCUCAAAGAGCUUGAUGGUACCAAUCCUGGACAGACUCCAUAUCACCUUUGUCGAUUAUAUCGUAGACGUCUCCAAGGUUCAAUCAGUGAUAAGGUGGAGAUAGCUAUUUCAACUCCCGCGAUUGCCAAUUAUCAUUGGAGUCUUGAAAGUUCAAUUGGUGACAAAGUGGAAAUGGCUGCUUCAACACCUACGAUUUCCAAUUAUCAUAAGAGUUUUGAAGGUUCAAUUGGUGACAAAGUGGAAAUGGCUGCUUCAACUCUUUCGAUUUUCAGUUAUCCUAAGAGUCUUGAAGGUUCAAUUGGUGAUAAAGUGGAUAUGACUGCUUCAACUCCUACAAUUGCCAAUUAUCAUAAGGGUCUUGAAAGUUCAACUGGCGACAAAGUGGAAAUGACUGCUUCAACUCCUACGAUUUCCAAUUAUCAUAAGAGUCUUGAAGGUUCAAUUGGUGAUAAAGUGGAUAUGCCUACUUCAACUCCUACGAUUGCCAAUUAUCAUUGGAGUUCUCAAGGUUCAAUUGCCGACAAAGUGGAGAUGACUGCUUCAACUCCUACGAUUUCCAAUUAUCAUAAGAGUUUUGAAGGUUCAAUUGGUGACAAAGUGGAAAUGGCUGCUUCAACUCUUUCGAUUUUCAAUUAUCCUAAGAGUCUUGAAGGUUCAAUUGGUGAUAAAGUGGAUAUGACUGCUUCAACUCCUACGAUUGCCAAUUAUCAUAAGGGUCUUGAAAGUUCAACUGGCGACAAAGUGGAAAUGACUGCUUCAACUCCUACGAUUUCCAAUUAUCAUAAGAGUCUUGAAGGUUCAAUUGGUGAUAAAGUGGAUAUGCUUACUUCAACUCCUACGAUUGCCAAUUAUCAUUGGAGUUCUCAAGGUUCAAUUGCCGACAAAGUGGAGAUGACUGCUUCAACUCCUACGAUUUCCAACUAUCAUAAGAGUUUUGAAGGUUCAAUUGGUGACAAAGUGGAAAUGGCUGCUUCAACUCUUUCGAUUUUCAAUUAUCCUAAGAGUUUUGAAGGUUCAAUUGGUGAUAAAGGGGAUAUGACUGCUUCAACUCCUACGAUUGCCAAUUAUCAUAAGGGCCUUGAACGUUCAAUUGGCGACAAAGUGGAAAUGAUUGCUUCAACUCCUACGAUUUCCAAUUAUCACAAGAGUCUUGAAGGUUCAAUUGGUGAUAAAGUGGAUAUGCCUACUUCAACUCCUACGAUUGCUAAUUAUCAUUGGAGUUCUCAAGGUUCAAUUGGCGACAAAGUGGAGAUGACUGCUUCAACUCCUACAAUUUUCAAUUAUCAUAAGAGUCUUGAAGGUUCAAUUAGUGAUAAGGUGGAUAUGGCUGCAUCAACUCCCGCGAUUGCCAAUUAUCAUUGGAGUCCUGAAGGUUCAGUUGGUGACAAAGUGGAGAUGAUUGCUUCAACUCCUACGGUUUCCAAUUAUCAUAUGAGUCUUGAAGGUUCAAUUGAUGAUAAAGCGGAUAUGAUUCCUUCAACUCCCACGAUUGCCGAUUAUCAUCGGAGUCCUUGAUGUUUCAUUAAGUUGUUGAAAUUUUAAGAGUUUAAAGCUAUCCAAAGCCCUUUUAAAAUUACCUUUGAUAGGUGUUUUUGAUGUUUUUUUUUUGUUAAUUGUUUAUGUUAUUGCAUUUUUCUUGGCACUUUGAUGGAUUUAUGAGCUCUAAACUUCCACCGCUCAAGCACUGCAUUUGUUGAUUUCAUUUUGCUAUCGAGUGACUUGGUGCCUAGGUGCCCAACACCAAGCACCUAGGCUCCCACAGCGAGCUAUCAAAUUAUGUUUUGCGUAAAUAGAAGAAAAGUAUCGACUUUUGGCAUCCCAGAAGAUGAGGAGAACUCAAAAAGAAAUAGGUGUAUUAGGAUUGAAUUUUUAGUGUUUUGAUAUUGAAUUUCUUGGAUUAAUUGUUUAUAUUUUUUUUUUAUAUAUAUACAAAGAUUAUGAGUUGUUGUUUAUAAUUAGAUUAGGGUUUUUACAUAAUUUGAAAAAUUGUGUAUAGCUCAAAUGAUGAACUUCAAGGUUUAAGAAUAUUUCUUGAAUUUUUGUGAUUUAUGGAUUAAUUGUUACACU